AUGGCUUUGACUCAGUUUGAAAAUGAUUUGGAAAUAUUAAGAGAUAUGUACCCAGAACUGGAAAUGAAAUCGGUAAAAGUAGAGGAGGAAGGUGAAUUCCCUCAAAGAAUUAACGGAAAGUUACUGUUCAAGAUAUCACUAUUGGCCGAUGUAAAUAUUGAGUUCGGCGAGCAACAUAUGUUACUUUCAAACUUAUCUAAUGAAUGCGUGGAGUUCACCAUAUAUAGCUGUCAUUAUCCGGACAUUCGACGGUGUGUUGUUAUGGAUAUCAAAUCCUUAUGGAUAUCAACAGAUGAAAAGAAGAUGUUAAUUGACAAAGCGCUGAGACUCGUUGAAGAAACUGUAGAUAUGAGUAUUGAGUUCGCGGAUUCGUUUACCUCCAUCCUUAUCCUCAUCUUUGGGUUUCUUAUAGAUGAUACAGCUAUAUUACUAUUCCCUAAUGGAAUAAGAAAGUGCCUGACACAGGAUCAGUAUGACUUGUUUAAGCAGAUAAGUGAGGAAGCCACCCUCCAAAAAGUGAGCAGAUCUAACUACCAUUGUUGUAUUUGUAUGGAAAUGGAAAAGGGUGUUAGAAUGAUCAAAUUGCCAUGUGAAAAUGCGAAUGUAGAACACUAUCUUUGCAGAGGAUGCGCCAAAUCUUAUUUCACUGCAAUGAUUCAGGAAAACCGAAUAUCCAGUGUAAGAUGUCCACAAUGCGAAUACAAAGAAUUAAAACUAGAAGAUUUCAAGAGCUAUAAAAAAAUGCUGAAGGCAUUGUUUACACCUUUGAUUCCAGUGUCCUUCUUAAAAGAGGUUAUCGAUACAGAGCUAUGUGAAAGAUACGAAAAAAUGUUCUACAACCAGGCGGCUACAAGACUCUCAAAAUAUUGUCCGUAUGCUUGUGUGACUUGUCGAAGAUGUGAUAGUUGGUGCACAAAAGAAGACCUCGAUGAUGCGAUGAUUCAGUGUCAAAAAUGUCAUUUUGUAUUUUGCUUUGACUGCUUGCAUGCCUGGCAUGGUUACAACAAUAAAUGUGGCAAGAAAGUUUCGUUAUCGACCGAUAUUAUUGAGGAAUAUCUAGAUGAUACCGUUACUUCAUAUGAGAGAAAGCGGAAACUGGAGGCAAAAUAUGGGAGAAGAGUAUUAGAACUUGAAGUCAAUGAUUACCUUGCUGAAAAAAUGUUAGAUUUAGCGAUUAAAAAAGAGGGUUCGAAUUUGCAGCGAUGUCCAAAGUGUAAGGUAGUUGUAGAAAGAAGUGAAGGUUGCAAUAAAAUGAAAUGCGAAGUAUGCGGGACGCUGUUCUGUUUUAUAUGCGGAGUAUUACUUUAUCCUGAGGACCCUUAUGAACAUUUUAGAGAAGCAUAUUCAGGCUGUUAUGGACGAUUGUUUGAAGGUAUGCCUGGCACAGAAACUUGA